AUGUUGGAAAGUUUGGCUGCCAACCUUCUCAAUCGGUUCUUGGGCAUGUAUGUCAAGAACUUCGACCCUAAACAGCUCAAUGUCGGUAUUUGGUCUGGAGAUGUCAAAUUGAGAAAUCUUGAACUCAGACGAGAGGCUCUUGAUCAGUUACAUUUGCCCCUCAACGUCGUGGAAGGCCGCCUGGGUGAGCUCACCUUAUCAAUACCAUGGUCCAAUCUGAGGGGGAAACCUGUCAGAAUCGACAUCGAAGACGUGUUCCUACUCUCGGCACCGAAGGAGGAAGUCGACUAUGAUCCCGAAGAGGAAGAGCGGCGUGCGGUAGCGGUUAAGCUUGAGAAGCUUGAGAGCGCUGAAUUACUGAAAGAGCGAAACACCGAGAGCAUGAGUCCGGAGGAGCAGCAGAAAAAUCAAAGUUUCACCCAAAGCCUGGUUACGGCGAUUGUCGACAACCUCCAAGUCAGCAUCAGGAAUGUCCACAUUCGGUACGAAGAUUCAAUAGCCACCCCUGGCCAUCCCUUCGCCGUGGGACUGACCUUGAAGGAGAUGAGUGCCGUCAGUACUGAUUCCGAGUGGCACCCCACUUUCAUCCAAUCUACCUCUGGCACCACUCACAAACUUGCCGUUCUGAACUCGUUAGCGCUCUAUUGGAACAGUGACGCAGAUCUCUUCGGACCGGGGAAGGGCGGCGAUGUCGGUGCAGAAGCGCAAGAAACCGACAAGGAUGAGAUGAUAAGACGAUUCAGAGAAGGAAUCGAAGACACGGGCAAUUCACAGUAUCUCCUGAAACCGGUCAGUGGUCGAGCAGGAAUUGAAAUGGACAAAACCGGCAAAAUUGACAGACCGAGGAUCAAAGCACGCCUUCUCUUCCACGAACUCGGAUUUAUUCUCGACGAAGAUCAGUAUCGCGAUGCUUUGAUGCUUGUUGACCUCAUGCACUAUUUCGUCCGUCAUCAAGAAUACAAAAAAGAUCAACCGGGGAAGAGUCCGAAAGAAGACCCAAGGGCUUGGCUCAAGUUUGCCGGGACUGCCGUAUUGAACAAGAUUCAUGAUCGAAAUCGAAAAUGGACCUGGGACUACUUCAAGGAACGCAGAGACACUCGGCAAAAAUACAUUGACCUGUUCAAGAAAAAGAAGAGGGAGAGUUUGACCGAACUGGAAAUGAAAGAUCUGGCUGACUUGGAGUAUCGCUUGAGCUAUGAAGACCUGCGAUUCUGGAGAUCCCUUGCCCGCAGCCAGCUCAGAAAAGAGAACGUCAGAGUCGAGAAGCCUGCUCAAAAGCAAACGUGGUCAUCCUGGAUUUGGGGCUCCAAUCCUGCAGAAGACCAGAAUGAUGACGAAGCAGGCAUGACGGAGGAACAGCGUCAGGAACUGUACAAUGCCAUCGACUGGGAUGAGAAGAAGGCCAUUGCGGACAGCGUGGAUUUGCCUCGAGAGACCGUUAAGCUUCAGCUCGAGUCAAGCCUCAGGACAGGAAGCUUCACAUUGAAACGUGACCCUCAUGGCCAAGGAAAUGAGGUUCUCAAACUCGUCUUUGACAACUUCCGAGCGAAGGCCCUUCAACGACCCGAUUCACUCUUGGCUGAUCUGGCUCUUGGUGGUUUCCGAGUCUACGACGGCACAACAGCGGGAAGCUUGUUUCCCCAGAUCGUCAAAGUCAAAGGAGUGGAGGAACAACCCAAAGACGAGCUCCACGACGACACCGAUGAAGAUUUGGACGAGAAAAGUUCAGCUGACGAGGAUGCGACAGAAAGGCAAGAGACCGAAGACAGUCUGUUCCAUUUGAUAUUCGAAAACCGUCCUCUGGACGAGAGUGCCGACACCAAAGUCCUGUUGAAGCUGAAAAGCCUCGAAUUUAUUCACAACCCGAAGUUCGUCGUCGAGAUUGCCAAAUUCUUCAAACCGCCAGAACGACAGAUGGAAUCCAUCGGUGCUUUGCUGGAGACUGCCGGAGCUACAGUGGAAGAGAUACGUCAACAAACUCGAGCAGGCCUGGAAUUCGCACUGGAAGAACAUAAAACGAUCAAUGCGAACCUGGACAUUCAAGCACCCAUAUUCAUCAUCCCGGAGAGCAUCACGGAAGAGAGUACUCUUUGCAUGAUUCUGGACGCCGGUCAUGUGAGCCUCAACAGUGAACUUGUCGACAAGGAGACCCUGCGGGAUAUUCAUUCCAAACAAAAACAAAAAUACACCGAAGAGGACUUCAAACAACUCGAAGGUUUAAUGUACGACAAGUUCCACGUGAAGCUCGAUUCGACUCAAGUCCUUAUUGGACCCGGCAUCGAGGCCACAAGGGCGCAAUUAGAAGACCAAGACGAUUCCAAAAACAUGCACAUCAUUGAUCGCAUCAACAUGGCAUUUCUUCUCGAGAAUUCAAUCGUUCCCAAGGCUCCAGGCAUAACCAAGAUCCGGAUAUCCGGCACAAUGCCUGUUCUCCACGCAUCCAUCUCGGACAAGAAGUACAAGAGUCUCAUGAGGCUCUUGGAAGUGGCGAUUCCUAAAUUUGACACCCCCGAGCCACAGCCACACGGCGCCUCGCAUGAGCCGGCUGGAGAGCUCAGGCCCGUGGAUGACAAAAAGGGGAAGAGGGAAUUAGUACAGCUCCUUGGGGCCAAGGAAAUGCCCGUCAUUGACCACGAUUCGGAUUCUGAAGACGCCCCGGUUCCAAAAAGAAGCAAGUCGGAAACUCCGGCAAAUAUCCAUCAACGAAACUUCGAGAUCAACUUCACCGUCGGGAAGCUACAGGCCUCACUCUAUAAUGCAGAUCCAGACGGGAAGAAGCCGGAUCAAUUACUGGUGGAGCUGGUCGCGGAGCAUUUUUUCUUCGGCUUCUAUCUCCGGCCUUCCGACAUGGUGGUAGAGGUGCUCCUCCGCUCUUUGACAGUUGACGAUCAUAUUGAAGAAGAACCACUACCAGAGUUCAAGCAGAUCAUCUCUUCCAAAGGGUUCAAGGCAGAGGAAGGCAAAGACUUGUUCAACCUCAAAUUUGUUAAAGUCAGUCCUGAAUCACCAGAAUUUCAAUCCACGUAUGAAGGAAUUGCUACGAAUCUUGACGUGUCUGUGUCAACCAUCAAUAUUAUAGUGACCAGACGGACGCUCCUGACGCUGCUCGAUUUCGUCCUCAUGACAUUUGCAGGCCCAGGAGGUCAACAGCAAGAACAGCUUGACCAGAGGAAAGAAGAGAAUAACCUAGAGAUUCAGGUUGAAGAGGCGCAACCUGCCAAACCGCAGUCCGACAAAAUUAGGAUCAAAGCCCGGCUGACUAGUAUUGCCAUGAUCCUGAACAAUGAUGGUGUUCGACUGGCCACAUUGUCUUUGAAUUCUGGCGAUGUUGGAAUCUUCCUCGAUGCAGGGACAAUGCAGGUCAAAGCAAGACUGGGUAGUCUCUCCUUGAUUGAUGAUGUCAAUCAAGGAGCGCCUGAAAAUUCACCAUUGCGCCGGCUCAUCGCCAUUGAAGGGGACGACUUGGCGGAUUUUAAAUACCAAACUUUCGAUGCUUCUCGGAAAGACUAUCCCGGCUAUGACUCGAGGAUAUACUUGCGCUCCGGGUCCAUCAAAGUCAAUUUUCUGGAGGAGCCAUUCCGCAAGAUCAUGGAGUUUGGUGUCAAGUUUGGAAAAAUGCAGGCUCUUUUCAAUGCUGCCAGGCAAGCGGCCGCAAAUCAAGCUACACAGGUCCAGGAAAGUGCCCAGAAGAUGCAUUUCGAUGUGUUUGUCAAAACCCCUAUUCUUAUCUUUCCCCGGGCCAUGGUUGACGAUCGGCCCCGCGACCUCCUCACCGCGUACCUCGGUGAAAUCUACGCCAAAAAUCGGUUUGUCGGAGUUCCAGGGCAAAAGGAUGGACUCCUGGUGAACAAGAUAUCAGCGGGCAUAAGACAUAUCCGCCUCAUAACCGAAUUCCACUUCGAGGAUGGAACGUCCCAGGAACUGGAGAUGAUUGAUGAGAUGGACUUGGAUUUCAAGAUCAGAUAUCUUGAGCAUCAAGCCGGACUUGAGACGCCAGAUCUGGAAAUCAAUGGUUCGAUGUCCCCUAUCAAUUUGAGAAUAUCUCAGGCUCAAUUUAAGUUUCUGAUGGAGCUGUCAAAGACCAUACCAGCAGCGUUCGCCACCGAGGACGAAUCGGAGGUCGAAAUCGCGGAAGAGCUGCCAACGUCUAUCGCAGGAACAACUAAAGAAGCACCGUCGGAAAAAGACGUGGCCGAAAAGCCUGCUCGGCCAUCAUUCCAAGGUCCUGAGCUUGGAUCGAGCACCGAGACAUGGACCAAGCUCAGUUUGGCGUUCAAAGCCCCAAUGAUUGGUCUGGAGCUCAUUUUAGCCGAGGAUGAUGAGCCUAUUGAAAAUUUCGAAGCCGCCAGCAUCUCAAAAUUCUCUUUGAACGAGACCAAUGUCAAAUUGAGAAUGGUCAGCGAUGGUGCAUUGGAAGCAGAACUUCUUAUCCACUCCUUCACGAUCCGUGACAGUCGUACCAAGGAGACCAACAAGUUCCGAAAGAUAAUGUCACUAAUCAAUAGCGAUGUGCAACAACAGUUUAUGGCCAGCGUCUCAAUCUCAGGUGGGGAAGACCGACACACGAUUGUGAUACUCACGAUCGACAGUCCUCGGAUUAUUGUUGCUUUGGAUUAUAUCUUUGCGCUUCAGGCCUUUGCUAAUGCAGCUCUACGGUCAAAUGAGCCUCCACCGAUCGCGGAGGUGGAAGAUUUAACCGAUCAAAGCGAGGAUACUCCCAUAGAACGACAGGAACCGAGUCAAGUGAGGACUGUGGAUGCGGAAUCAGACACAAGCUCUUCGAUGAACCUGUCAUUCCGGAUCAACAUUGUGGAUGCCCAGAUCAUUCUCAUUGCAAAUCCGGCAAUCUCCAACACCGAGGCCAUUGUUCUCGGCACCAAAGAAGUACUUGCGUCACAACAGAACGCCACAACGCUGCAGAUUACAAAAGUGGGAAUGUUUCUGUGUCGAAUGGACAGAUUUGAAACCAGCCGCCUUCGGAUACUCGACGAUUUCAGUAUUCAAAUGUCGAUGGACAACCGAAGCCAAGGGAAGGAUUCAUCCAUAACCUCGAUUCAUAUCGGUGUCGAACCGCUCGUGCUCCGCCUUUCUCUGCGCGAUAUAUUGCUUGCAAUGCAGAUCGUCAGCAAAGCCUCAUCUACCAUGCUGCAAGCCGAGGUGCAACAAGAUUCAGACCCGAAGAAGCUGAAGGAGGUCACCGGCUCGCCCAAAGCCUCUUCCACGAAACGCAAAUCCACAACGGGAAAAACAUCAACAAUCGCAAAUAGAUCGAAGAGAUCAAAGCCCAUAUCCCAGGACGAGCCCAAACAACCUCUCAAGAAAUCGGCUGUCAUGAGUCGCGAAGAGUUGAUUGCACAAAUUGAGGGUAUCCGAGUGAUUCUGAUUGGAGACUUACAUGAACUCCCGCUUCUGGACUGGAGCGUGAAGAAAUUCGACGUUGAUGUCCGAGACUGGUCUGGUGCGAUGACGGCGGAUACCAAGUUCGACACUUUUAUCAACGUCUAUAAUUUCUCCAAGUCAGCCUGGGAGCCACUCAUUGAACCAUGGAAGUUGGGAUUCCAUAUGUCCAAGCAACUCCAUCCUGACCUUCUCUCGAUGGAAGUAUACUCCCACAAGACGAUGGAACUCACAAUAACCUCAGCAACCAUUGCUCUUGCAUCCAAGUCAUUUGAUGUCCUCUCCACGGACGAGGACAUCCUCUCAAAGCCGCGGGUCGCGGACGCACCGUACCGAAUCCGCAACUACACGGGAUUUGACCUCAGUGUAUGGGCGGACGAGAAGAGUGACACCGCAGCGGCAGCCAGGCUUAGUGAUGGAGAGGAAUAUGCCUGGCGCUUUGAAGACGCAACGUCGAUGCGGGAGAAUCUCACCCCAGAAGGAAACGCGGGCUUGGUCGGAGUCAAACUCGAAGACAGCGGCUUUGAUAGCGUCAGCCGGAUCGCUGUCAUCCGCGAGGGGGAGACGUUGUACAAUCUCAAACCAAGAAAGGACAACGUCCAGCACCGCAUGCUGGUGGAGGUGCAACUCGGGCCGGAUCACGUCAAGUACAUUACCUUCCGCUCGCCACUCCUGGUUGAGAACAAGACCCAGAUCCCCAUUGAGAUGGCCGUCUACAGUCCAAGAGAGGGCCACCUGCUGAAGAUUGAGAAGAUUGCUCCGGGCGAGGGAAAGCCUGCUCCUGUCGGAGCCGCAUAUGUUCAUUCUCUUGUCGUGCGUCCUGAUCAAGGGUUUGGAUAUGGCUGGUCAAACGAGCGAUUGUUUUGGAAAGAUCUCUUGAAACGAUCGACCCGAACGAUCACCUGCGAGUCGGAGACCAGGGAUGAGUCACCUCCGUUCUUCUUCCAAAUGCAUGCUUCGUAUGACAGUAAAGAUCCGAUGACCAAGAUCUAUCCUUAUAUGAGAAUACGAAUUUCUGCACCGGUGGAAGUCCAGAAUCUCCUGCCCUACGAUUUCAAGUAUCGCAUCUACGACAAGAACACGAAGAAGGAUUGGACCAAUUUCCUCCGCAAAGGAGGCGUCAGUCCCGUGCAUGUCGUGGAGCUUUCCCAUCUCUUACUGCUCAGCGUCGACAUCGAGGACACACCUUUCAAGCAGAGUGAUUUUGCCAUCAUCAACACUCAAGAAGAGUUUCGACGUGAGAAACAACUCCAAUUGAAGGAUGGGUAUAACGCCCAGCUCCGGCUUAAGCUUCACUAUACGAACAUCAAAGACAGCGGGGGCGCAUUUCGAGUCUCCGUCUACAGCCCAUACGUACUCUUGAACAAAACCGGACUUGAAAUGAGCGUUCAGAGCAAGGCGUUUUUGGGCUCCUCCAAAACUUCCUCAUCACACGCCGCACGGACCGGCUUUGGGAAGGGAAAAGCUUUACCCAUGAUGUUCUCUUAUCCCACCGACGAUCGCAAGAAUCGAUCACUCUUGAAGAUUGGAGACUCGACUUGGAGCAAGCCGCAGAGCUUUGACGCCAUCGGGAGCUCAUAUGAAGUUGUUUUGGCUUCCGCAUCCGGUAAAUCAGAACUGCAUGUUGGAGUCUCUGUGGCAGAGGGCAAGGGAAAAUACAGCUUGACAAAAGUCGUCACGUUGGCUCCUCGGUUUAUGCUGAAGAACAGGAUCGGCGAGGACGUGGAGCUGCGCGAACCCGGAUCAUCGGAGGUCCUCAGGAUGAAACCCAAUGACCUCCUGCCCAUUUAUUUCAUGCGACAUAGUCCAGAGAAACAGCUCUGCCUCUGCUUCCCUGGAGUGAAUAACCAGUGGUCGUCUCCAUUCAACCUCGCUAAUGUUGGGAUGACGCAUGUCAAGCUGGCCAAACAAGGUCAACGACAAAGGCUGAUCCGUGUGGAAAUCAUCCUUGAAGAUGCGACUUUGUUUUUGCAUUUCAGCAUCGAGACCAGUCACUGGCCGUUCUCCAUGCGAAACGAAAGCGAUACCGAAUUUCUGUUCUUCCAGGCGAAUCCGAACAUUGCCGAGGAUGAAGAAGAAGACCGUGGGAGCGGGUGGAAGCCGAUCCGAUACAAACUGCCUCCUCGAAGCAUUAUGCCAUAUGCCUGGGAUUACCCUGCGUCGAAGAACAAAGAACUUGUUCUCACUGCCCGAGGCAGAGAGCGAUAUGUCAAACUCGUGGAAAUCGGCAAUCUGAUACCCAUCAAGUUGCCACCGGAUGAACGUGGGGGUCCUAUGAAAGUCAUCGAUGUCAAUAUCGUGGCCGACGGGCCCACGCAAACGCUGGUGCUGUCCAACUACAAACCGUCAAGAUCAUUGUAUCGGCAGAAAACCGGCCAAACGACGGCCUCACAAACGAGUCUCAAUCAAGGAUUUGAAGUCAAGUUGAUCGAGUCCGAGGUCAAUUUCAAGGCAGAGCUUCGCCUGGGUGGUAUAGGGAUAUCUCUCGUCAACAGCAACUUGAAAGAACUGAUGUAUCUGACUUUCCGUGAGAUCGAGUUCAAGUACGGAGAUUCCAAAUUGUACCAGACGCUGAACGCGACAGUCAAGUGGAUACAGUUCGACAACCAGCUGUAUGGCGGCAUCUUCCCCAUUCUGUUGUACCCGAGCGUGGUACCAAAGACGGGAAAAGAAAUGGAAGCUCAUCCUAUCUUCCACACCAUGGUCACCAGGGUCAAAGAUGACUCGUACGGUGUUCUCUACGUCAAGUAUGCCACGCUGCUUCUACAACAGAUUACCGUAGAGCUCGACGAGGAUUUCAUCUUCGCGAUGCUGGACUUCCUGAAAGUUCCUGGCGCGUCGUGGGCAGAAGAGAAGGAAGGGAAGCUCUGUGACGAAGACUUGGACGUUCCCGAACCCACCCGAGAGGAACAAGGACAAGAUGUUUACUUCGAACUGCUCCAUUUGCAGCCCAUUCAACUGGAUCUGUCGUUUGUCAGAACCGAACGCAUCAACGCCGAGGAGGCCUUUGUGAACAGCCCGUUGAUGUUCUUUGUAAAUGUGAUGACCAUGUCCAUGGGCAAUGUCAACGAUGCUCCCAUCAAACUCAACGCGCUCAUGUUGGAAAAUGCAAGAAUAUCUGUUCCGGCAUUGAUGGCAAACAUCCAAAGCCACUACACGCAAGAAGUCCUCCGCCAAGUUCAUAUCAUUCUCGGGUCGGCAGACUUCUUGGGCAACCCGGUGGGCUUGUUCAACAGCGUCAGUUCCGGCGUGGCGGACAUCUUCUACGAGCCGUACCAGGGUCUCGUGAUGACAGACCGACCGCAGGAACUGGGAAUUGGUAUCGCCAAAGGAGCGAGCAGUUUCGUCAAGAAGUCCGUCUUCGGGUUCAGUGACAGCAUGGCCAAAUUUACCGGAUCCAUGUCCAAGGGACUGGCGGCCGCCACGAUGGACAAGGAGUUCCAGGACCAGAGACGGAUGUCCAAGAGCAGGAACCGACCCAAACAUGCUCUCUACGGCGUCACAUCCGGAGGCAGCGCCUUUGCCGCCAGUAUGGCCAGCGGUAUUGGAGGCCUCGCCCGCCACCCGCUCGAGGGUGCAGAGCGAGAGGGGGCCUUGGGUUUCGUGAAGGGCGUAGGGAAAGGUGUGCUGGGACUUGCGACAAAACCCGCAAUUGGCGCUUUCGAUCUCGCAUCCAAUGUGGCCGAAGGCGUCCGGAACACCACGACAGUCUUUGACGCGGAGGGCCUUGACCGUGUACGCUUGACUCGUUUCAUCGGCAUGGACGGGAUCGUCCGUCCUUAUUCCCAACGGGAAGCACUGGGACAAUUUUGGCUGAAGACGUGUGACGACGGCAAAUAUUUCAGCGAAGACUACAUUGCCCAUCUGGAGCUUGAGGGCCGCGACAUGAUGGUCAUGAUUACGUAUGACCGGAUCCUCAUGAUUCGAACCAAGAAGUUGCGGAUGGAAUGGGAUGUCAAAUUGACAGAUGUGCAAACAAUCAGCAAAGAGAGGACUGGUAUGAGCAUUGGAUUGAAAGGCGGAGCAAACGGACCUUUCAUUCCUGUCACCGACGAAGGAAGCAGAAACUGGCUAUACAGGCAGAUUGCUAUCGCCGUGAACGCUUUCAAUGACAAAUACAACGCCAAAGGAUGA